CUACAAUCGUCUCCCUGCGUUUCGAGCUUCGAACGAGCAACUGCACGCCGUCCGUCACGAUUUCCACUCUUUAUCUAUCUCGAUCACAAUCCCUCUCACUACCAAUUUUCUCUGACUACCACACAAACAUUUCAAGAUGGCCAUCUGCAUCACCUUCGGGACUCAUGAAUUCACGUCCAUGCUAGAAGGCUACGAGAAUGUUCGUGCCUACUGCUACAAUUGCCAGCAUUGGAACGGACACUGUCUUACAAGAUGGCCCUGGUUCACUGUCUGCUUUGUUCCUGUCAUCCCUCUCGCCAUGCAUAAGUACAAGGAAGUAACAUGCUACACAUGCCGCUUCACCCAGGAUCUAGGCGACCGUCCAGAUAUCACGCCGGAGACAAGACCUCCUCCGGGAGUCAUACCGGGCCAAUUACCCCAGGCGUAUGGGGGCGGGGCGCCGUACUAUCCACCUCCCCAGGCAUCGGGCGCGGUGGCACCGCAGCAGCAGCAGCAGCAGCAGCAACCAGGACAGCAGAACUUUGUGUAUAAGUAGAUGUUUCGAUGUUUCAUGUCGGGUUCUGCUGUUUUGUCCUUAGUUUUUCAUCGACGGUGUGUGUGCGUCGUCUUCAUGUUUGAUUGGAUUGGAAGAUACCUCUUUGCUUCCUGCUUGUUUGUCUAUUUGUUUGAUGCUAUGUUGUAUACUGUAGUGUUUAUCCUCUGCAAAAGGCGAAUUGAAAUUCAAUAUUAUAAAUAUUGC